GCUAGCUAGCUAGUGGCAUACACAGUGUCAUCCAACCUUCUUUAAAUCAAAACACUAAGAUAUGCUAAGAUCCAUACAAUUAAGAGAGAUGAUGGAUGAUUCCUCUUGCUCUAAAUACACUCAUGAAACUCUUCCAUCAUGGUGUCAUAAUUUACAAGAACUUCCAUUGAUUCCUACUAAUUCUUGUUAUUGGUCUCAACAGUUUUCUGCUUCUAGGAGCCACAGUGAAGCUGAGAAAAGGCGCAGAGACAGAAUUAAUGCUCAGCUUUCUACUCUUAGAAAACUCAUUCCCACUUCUGAAAAGAUGGAUAAGGCAGGUCUACUAAGAAGUGUUGUUGAGCAUGUUAAAGAUCUGGAAGGAAAAGCAAAAGAAAUGAGCAGUGUAUUGAACACUCCAAGUGACAUUGAUGAAGUAAUAAUUGAGGAAGAAGAUGAAAGUUCCAACAACAACAACAUAGUUGUGAAGGUUUCUUUUUCGUGUGAUGAUCGGCCUGAAUUGUUCUCAGAACUAAACAGGGGUCUCAAGAACCUGAAACUAACAACAAUGGAGGCUAAAAUAACUAGUUUGGGUGGCAGAAUUAAAUGCAUUUUAUCCCUUCAAUCCAUUAAUGUUGUUUGCACUACUCAUUCUAUCAAACACUCUCUUAGGGUGUUGCUUGCUAGGAUUGCUACUUCCCCUUCUACUUCCAAUUUUCGAAUCAAAAGCAAGAGGCAGAGGUUCUUCUUGCUUGCUACCUAAUUAUUAUUAUGCCUAAAUUAAAUUCAAUUUCUUAAACCUUUUAUAAUACAAA